ACCGCAAGGUAUUAGUUGUCAUGUCAGGUGACCUUAGGAGGCCACAAGCUAGCACUAGCUAGUUCUAGUGCUGCUUCCAAGCCCAGAUAAAUGUUUGCUCCAUGAAAGACAUCCUGUGUAAAAUCGGUGCCAAGUCCUAGAUAUGGAUAUGUUAGCAUACCUGGGAAAAACCUGAACAAGCACACCUUGACUAGUCAUAGCACAGAAAAAAAUGUGUUCAUAUCAUUUUUUUUAUCAUUAAAUUGAAAAGCAUAUUUUGAGAAUAUUUGAUCGCCAUAGGGGAAUGUAUAUAUUUCUAUUAUGACUUUGAUGAAUAUGAGCUUGUGUGUCCUGUAAAGUGAUGGAUGUGUGGACAUGCUUUCUCACUGACACCACAAGUUUUCUUAUGGCUGGGAGGCAGAUUUCUGACACUCUUGCACACAUUCCUGCCAGAUUAACCAGCAGCUAAGAUUAAUGCGGAGCAGAGCUCAUAUUCAGCAUCUAAAAUAAUGUGGUCAAACAUUUGUUACAGCUACAGAGGUCAUAUAAAGAAGAAAAGACGGUGUUUGACAGUUACAUUUCAGGAGCUUGACAAAUAUAUUUGUUGGUACUGGCCCUUCAUAAUAGUGCUUAAGGAAGUGAAAAAUAGUUAAAAAGAAAACUGUGCCAUGGCACAGUUUCUUAAAGUGAGUGAUUCCAUUGUUUACAGUAGUCUCAUAGUAAUAUUGUAUCAUAAAGAAGCAAAGAAAUUAAUUGAGCUCUGGUUUGUUGUUAUUCUAAUCUCCCCAGUUUUUCCUUGGCUGUCCCUCCUCUGUCUCAUCUGUCUGUUAGUACCUGAUUCUGUUACCAUGUUGUUAAUCUUCUUGUCUCUGUAUUUUGAUGGGUUUGUUAUUUAUUGUAAGGCCGUACAGAGUAAUUAUAUAAAGACUUCUUUUUUAUCUGUUCAUAUCAAGAAAAAAGCAUUUAAAUUACUGCCCUUGACAUAUUGUUCCUUGUAAUUCAAAAAAUGCUUUUUAGCAUUAAUUUCUUUUCAUCAGCUUAUCCUGGUAUUGGCUGUGUUUGGAGGCACAGGGUCCCAUGGCUCUUAUAGGCUUAGUGUAGUUUUAAUCAGGUUAGUACCUGGCCUGUCACCCUACUUCUAUUUACAACUCUAACUAAGGGUUAAAAGGAUCCAUGAGCUACUCGGAGCUAUAGUGGUAAACCAAGACAUGUAAGAGAAACAUAUAUUUGCUAUCUGCUUUGGCUGAUGGUGUACUAGUUAAAAAUAGAAUAUGAAGUUUGUAUUUUUAAGGGAUUUUGUAGACCAACACUUUGGCAUACACUCACUGGUUGAUGACCUGGUUGAUUCCAGGAUGAUUGCAGCCUCCAGCUGUGCAGUCAUCAUUGGUUAUGGCUGCCUCUGAUGGACACAUCAACCCAGCAUGUCUAAAGUAGUGUUCAGUAGGAGAUAUAUUUAGACUAAAUAUUGGCAAAGACACUGGAUAGGCUUCUUCCAGAAAGGCUGAUGCUACUUUGGGAGUGUGGUAAUGAAACAUUUGCAGGUAGGGGUGUUGCCACAGAAAAGGCACAAGUGCAGACUGAAGAAACUCAUCUCAGUACUUCUGUCUAGUUUUAUUGCCACCAAGAAUCAUCAGAUCAGAGGUGUUACUGUUCUGGACAUGCAAGGUUGCAGGAACAGCUGGGAUACCCAUGACAGAAUCCAGCAUGGCAAAAACCAACCCUGCCUCAGUCAGCCUCACUUAGUUGUUACAUUGUAGCACUGGUGACAAUGUGGUGUCUAUGCUGUUUCUUAUAUACUAAUAUGGCUGUUGUGCAACUGAACUUGUUAUUUGCAGUCUAAUGACAAGAAUCAAAAUAAAAAGGACUUGAGGAGCAAUAACUGACAGAAGAGUGCAGAUAGAACUAAACACAGGAAAUGACACAGAAUGAAAAGGCGUGAAACACUGAGGGAAUAUAAAGAGGUAAAAGUAAAUAAGACUCAAACUGAAGAUAUUUAAUACUAAAUAUCUAUACAGAACUUGAAACACCAAAAACAUAAAACAUUGGAUCAAAGGCUGAGGAGCAUGACAACAGCCCUAGUUCUUUCAUAAAAGAACUCACACAUGGUUCAUUUAACAGAGAACUGGGUCAUCAUUUCAAAGAGGAACUUGUAUAUGAAUAUGAAAAGUAAUGGGAGGAUAAUGCAAAGAAAAAAAAUCACUAAAAGUCUAAAAAUGAAUGACUAUCCAUCAAAGAAAUAGCAAAGACCUUUGGUUUGUUCAGUUGAAAAAAAAAGUGGUGUAAAAAUGGUAUAAAUCCAGUAGAUUUGCAAGGUGAAGAAACAAAACUUCACCAAGUGAGUCAGCAAUGUUUUUAUGACCAAUUUGUACCGUUCUUCUGAUGGCUGUUUCAAAUCAUCUUAAACUGGGUUCUUGAACAUCACAAUGGGUUCACUGUAGUCACCAGGCCUCAAUCUAACACAGAACCUUUGGGAUGUGGCAAAUCAUGACCGCCAGCCCACAAAUCUGCAGACGCUGUCAUCUCAGUAUUUGCAAAUACAUCAAGGAUUUUCCAGCACCUGCGCCACGAAGACAAAGGGGCAGUUCCGAAAACAAAAGGUUGUCCAACUCAUACUAGUAAGGAGUAUCUAAUAAAGUGUCACGUUAGAUUACUUUUGUUUGCUUUUGUUUCUUAAUACAAACCUAUAAAUAGGGCUUCUGUGCUCUUAGUCAGUCCAACAGAACAAUAGGAAUUUCAAAUAUUGUAAUAUAAUAAAAACCUUUUUUUGCACUUUUAUGUGCAAAAAAUGUAGAUGCCAAUGAGCCACACAAGAAGCUGUGGAAGAAAAAUUAUUACAAUAAGUGAUAGAGAUCUGGUAAUUUUGCAUUAUCUGCAUGGCUAGCCUUUGUUGUUGGAAUUCCAUGCAUUGUGUUAGCUAGCCAAGGCUGACAGAAGUUGGAGGUACAUUAAUAUGUGACACUGCACUUCUAAUAGUUCACAGGUAACACUGUUGUCUAGUGAACUGCAGCACUCUCUCGGUUAUCUCUAUAGGCACUACUACAAAGGUGUUAAUGCUGAGCCACAACCUCACAGCUGCCCUGUUCAUCUCCACCUUGCGCCAACUAAUCCUCGGUUUUUCUAGUCCAAACACGACUACGUUCGUUCGCAUGUGUCUGCAACGCGCUGCAGGAGCUCCUCACUCGCUACUGUUUGGUCAUGCCCUUGCGUGAGUUUUUGUCAGGCUUGUCAGACAGGCAUGUCCCUUUGAGUUUAUUUUGCUUUAUAUGGUAGAACACCAAAGACUUUGAACGAUAACGCUCAUUUCAGGUGAUCUGAUGCAGAAUGUUGCUCGAUUGUUUAGAGAGAAAAAACAAAAUGUAUCGGUUGUGUUUUGAAGGGGAUCGCACGUUCACACUUCCCAUUGUGUGUCUGUGUGUACACAGGUGGUGUGGAGCAAAUGUAAGCCAAGCAGUAGGCGGUAUUGGGUGUGCUUUAUUUCAUGCUUGUGUCAAGCAGCAGAGAAAAUCUGGAUAAAACUGUCUUUGAUUGUGAUCUUUUCUUUACUGUAUAAAACGCGCCAACUGUCCAGACAGCAUUAUGAGAUUUCCUUUGGCUCCCGGGGUGAUGAUCUGAUGAUUUAUGCAGUGGUUUUGAAAGUCGUUUGAAGGCAGUUUUUCUUUAACUGAACUGUUUACUUUGAAGGUGUUCUGUGUGAGCAAUUGGUGCCUACAAUUGUUAUAACAUGUUAUAACGUGAGACUGAAGCAAUAGAGGCUUAAAUGAGGUCAGUGAGCACCAGAUGCUCUGAAAUAAAGGGGCGAACAUUGACUGAGAAGGGCUGAGGCAUUUAAGGCCGCUCAUCUAUAAAGCUGGAAUUGUUAACUCACCUCCAGCUAUAUGGUAAUAGAAAACCCAGCUCAUUCUAUUAAUCUAAAUAUUAAGUUAAUUUCCUUAAAGGGUAAGAUUUAAUCGUGUCCUUAUUAUAAACAAGUCUCGACUUCCAUCACAAACUUUUCCUGUAGGCUUUUAAAAUGUGUUGCAUUUUGAAAGAUGUGCUCCAAAUAACUUCACAGUGACUUCAACAUAGGCUUAAUUUGAUCUGAGGAGACACAGUUAUUGUGGCUUUAAGGGAUGUUAAAGUAAUUUAUGACCAAUAUGACUCAUGUCUUGCAGUUCAGUGCAAAAAGGCUUUCAUGUAUAAUGAGUGGGAUUGAACCAGUAUUAACAAAAUGGAAAGACAUGAUCUUAUUUGAUUCCUGCAUACACAAAGUGAUUUGGUGUAUUUUUGGACAAGGAUUCUAUUAAUAUAUUGUGUGUAUUCCAGCAAUGGACUUUCACAUUUUUAAUUAAAUGUCUGUAUGUUUUGUUGCGUUAUGCUCUUAUUUAACCUUGUAUUUUUUAUAGCUUGUAUCCUUCAUUUUCAUACGGAACAUCACUGUACAUUAGACUAAUUCAAGAGUGGUUUCAAUCUUGUCUCAGUUCUUUGCUCUAAACAUUUAGGCAGUAUCAUUAGAGGAAGUGAAUUUGUACAAAUUUAGGGAAAAAAGUUAAGCUGCUAUAUAUGUAAUGUGUAUUUGUCUAUAUUGUAUAGUUAUGAAGCAUGUUACAGUUGUAGUUCCAAAAAUUAUUAAAUAUCUGUCUCUUUCUUGUAGAUCUUUUCUGAUUGCAGAUUUUCAGAAUUCAGAAACAGCUUUUUCCAUACACUCUUUUAUAAUCAAAUAUGUUGUGUCCCAUCCCAAAUAGGAGAUCUUUCCUAAAGUUUUAAAGUCUGAGGGGCAUGGUGUGAAAUAGAUUGCUUGUAAUUCCUUCCUGAAAAACAUUUCCUACAAUAUAAUAGAUUACUAUGUAGGUGUUACUCUGUCUUUCUCCCACAGCCUGAAGGCAUGCAGAGGGUUAGAUUAAUCAGUGAUUCUAAAAUGACAGACGGUGUGAAUGCCAGCAUGAAUGCCUGUCAGUCUCUCUUAGCCCUGCUACAGACUGGGAACCUGUCUAGGGUUUUCCCUAACUGGGAUAGAUGCCAGCACCAUAAUAAAGAUGAUGGAUGGAUACCAUUAAUGUAAGUAGAACUUAACAGGAUUCCAGGUCAUUUGAGCCCACUCUACAGCAACCGAAGUAAUGGCAGAGAAGUAAUUUCUUGAAGAAAUCGUUAAUUUUCAUCUCAUUUAAAAUUUUAAUUGAGAUUUGACCAAACAAAAGUAUGUAUGGUUUUUAGUUUUUAUAAAUGAUUUAGAUAAUUUGAUUACAGAUAUUAAAAAAAAGUUAAAAUACACAUUUGAAUAAGCUAAUAAACAGGGUGUAACAAAUAACAAAAACAGUAACUAAGACAGCUAAAUAAAGUAAUUAUUACAGAAGAAGAACACUGAAAAAGUUUAAAAAUAGUCUGGCAUAAUGUGUGACAUUAGUUGCUCUAAAAUAAAGGUGAUAUAUAAAACCCCACGCUGUAACCUUCUGCUUGAGCUCACAUGUACUUCCCAAGAUAUGGAAUCACACCGUUGGUUGCCCCAGGUAUCCCACAGCAGCUUGAAUGGCGUGGGGGGUUGCGGUGUAGGGGUGGGAGCAGUUUCCAUUUACAACGUAAGUGAGGAUGUAGAUUUCCCGCAGAUGUUUAAUUCAAGCAUGUUCACCUCCAAAGCGCUCUUGCUGAGACCUGAAGUUUGUUUGUUCUGCUCUGGAUUUCACUCUUUAUUUGCUCGGAUUAGUUCUUCACGCUCCAUCAGAGGUGGUUUUAUAUUCAUUUAUACGGGGUCAAAGUUAUGUCAGUGAUUCUAGGUAUAAGUGGUCAUAAUUUCUUUAUUUGAUCCCACACACCCACCAUAAUUCAGUAUUUGAUGAGUAACCCUGGUUAUUAGCACUGUGGUUAGCACUGUUACCUUAAAGCAUGAAGGUCCUCAGUUCAAUUCCACCAUCAGGCCGGCGUCUGUUUGUGUGGGUUCUCUCUGGGUCCAAAGACAUGCACUUAGUGAGGUUAGGUUAGUUAGAAACGUUAAAUUGCCCACGGGUGCGAAUGGGUGUUAGCCCUGUGACUGGUGACUUGUCCAGGGUGUACGCUGCCUCUUGCUAAGACAGCUGGGUAAAAAAAGGUGACAUUUUCUUAUCAAGAAAUUAUAUAAAUUAUGUUCAAGGCCCUCUGCUGCUUUUUUUGUUUUAUUGUCCUGCUUUAGACGACUAUAACAUUGCAGAAAUGGGUUGUCUAUGGGUUGUCUAUACUACGGUACCAUAAAUAUCGAGUCACCUGCCUGUUGGAAAGUAAACUUCCUCCAGGAAAUGAUCUGAUCCCAUUUUCAGCCCAACCUUGUUUUACAGCAUGUUAACAACAGUGCCUCAAGCUGCAGUGUGUUGGCAGCAGUGAUUUCAGUAGUUCGGCCUUCAUUUCAUGUGUACACAAACUCACAGACACACACACGCACAGAGUCAGGCUUAUCAUGUUAUGGUUUUCAAGGAUAUGGGAACCUGGGUUUGUUUGGACUUGAGUGUAGAGAUUCCUUGGCUUUGUCCGACCGCUAUGCAGGAGUUAUAGUGGUGGCACUGAACUUUCUGCAGGGUCCGUCUUAUCUGUCCUAUUGUAGAGAUUGUGUGCUUGUCUGUGCCAAAGUCUUUGCUCAAGGUCUUUGACUGCCUGCAGUGAAACCUAACCAAAGACCUCUAAGUGUGAUGAUCAUUGUCUUAUUUGUCUACUUUAAGAAGAGUUCCAGGUUCAGUUCCUAUUGCUUGCAUAUUCAUAACAAUGUUUUUCUUAUAUUUAAAUACAUCCAUAAGAGCUUGCUACUUACAGCCUAAAACUGGGACACUUUGACCUAUAUAAAAAUUUAAAAAAUGAAUAAAAUGAUGAAAGUCUGAAAAUGUCUGUACAUGCAGCUGAAACCACUGUCAUAGACCCCUAAGUUGCCAAUCUGAUUUAUUUUACUGUAGUUUUGUCUAACACCCAGACGCCCGCAUAGUUGGAUUACAAGAGGAUUGCAAGAUAUACGUUAAAAAGAGCUGCAGGCUAGAGUGUUAGAGGCAUACUUGCAAUUCUUUUUAAUUUUUGAUCUGCUCUUUUUUCUUUAGUUCUGUGAAAGUAGUGUCUUUGAAUAAUAUGUUGCAUUUAUUUUCAGGGGGAUCAAAUUCUCAGAUGUUUGUAGAAUUGUAGUUGAAGUUUUCAGUAAUUGAUUUGUGAACUCUUACAGCAGAUUAAGAAACCGCAUUGAAGUCACUACUAGUUACACUUGCCACGUACGUGCUUACUGUGUGUUGAGACGUAUCUCGCUCUUUUAGGAGAGGUGAAAGGUCACAUCAGCAGAGAGCUGUGAUUGUGAAAGCUGCUUUGUUCUGUGCUGCAGCUUUUAAGUUGUCGCGCCUGAAUCACACACAUGCAUGCAGGGGCGUAAUUUUCAGAUGGGUUAGGGGGGUUAUGACCCCCCUCCCAAUAAUCAGACCCAACCAAUAUAACCCCAUAUAUGCCUAAAUAGGCUGUUGAUUUUCUUUACUCAUUUCAGGUAUUACCAGCAAAAUAGUUCAGCACAAAGUUACGCUGAUGUAUGCAUGCACAUGACCCACACACACUCAUUUCAAAUGCACAUGCGUACUAUCAUGCAUCUUCAUGCACCUUUCUCUUAAUCUAUUCACAGCAGCAGAGUCACUUCUGUGAUUUGAAUGGAAUUGAACUCUUUGACCUUAUGCUUAUGCUUCAGCUCAGUUUUAUUUUCAAAUCCUUUAUUUUUUCAGUGGUUAGGAUAAAAAAGGAACAACAAAUUCUCAGCACAUGCAAUUUUGUGAUUAUACAAGUAGUUGGUCUUGUUUUAAAAUUAAACUUUAUUUUUAGAAUAAAAUAAUCCUCUUUCUGGUAAAUUGUUGAUGAGAAGAAGAUUAUUGGCACGGUGUUAUCUUUCCUGCUAAAUAUCAAGCUAAAGCAAGGAGCUAAUUAGCAGUGCAACAGAUUGACAACCUGUCCUUUCGCCCUGACAGCUGGAUUGACAGCUGCAUCUGUGGAUGGAUGGGUGAAUGCUGCUUACAGGUUUGAAAAGUGAAACCAAUGCAUACAUAUCAUAAACUAACAUUUUUUUUAUGUCAAAUAGGGGCAACCCCUCUGGUCGCCAAAAGAAGUUUGUAUAGCCUUUAUUGUCACAUGUCCAAAAUGACAUAUGGGUUAAUUUCAUUUGGUUUGUAGUCACAUUAAUGAAAAAAACAAAAUUAAUCCCAAAGACGUUUCCUUUAUACUUUGAAGAGAUUUAGUCGGUCGCUUUUAUGUUAUUUAGUCAUUUAGUUUGUACAGCACCUGACCUGAAUAUUUGGGAUUUCUACCAUAGAAAAUUUCCUCUAAAAUUUGCUCUUCGGUAUUUUGGUGGACUUGUUAUAAUUUAAUGCAGAGACAGGGCUGAUCAGAGUAGAUGUGAAAAAUUCAUCUUCUGCGUCGUUCUUCUUUCUAACUUCCAUUGAAAUGCUGUUAUGGAGUCGCCUAGUUUGUAUUAAGCUAAACUGAUCAGACUGCCGGUACCACUCUUCUCAGUUUUUUUUGUCAUUAUUUUCCUUAUUUUUGACAUUAAAUUUUCCCUCCUCUUCCUCUUCCUCUCGUCUUCCUCUUCCUCAUUGAACUGUCCCUCUCGCUCUUUUUCUCUGCCCUCAUCUUCCUCUCUCACCAUUCACUCUUCCAAGUGUCCAGAAGAAAGGGGUGGUGCAUUCCAAAAGCCUGGAGACCAUUCCCUUCUUUCAGGCAGUGGCCUGUAGACUGACAGUGAAAUUAGAAUAAGAAUAGCUGCCCAUUCACCCCAGUGCCCUAGUGACGGGCUGGAGGGAGAGCAAAAAAGAGGGAGUGGGAGGGACGAGUGGAAUGAAGGGGGUCCCUCAGACACGUUGCGUUCCAAUUGGCCGGUGGCGUUCCCUGUGUUUUUACAUCGCUGCCGUCAGUUGCACUUUCAAGUUUGUUUUACACAUUUUGCCGCACAUACACACUGCACAUGUGCAUGCAUGCGGAAAUGUACACAUUGGGGUCCAAGGCUUGAACACGUGCACUGGAAUACAGGAAUCUACGCACUGUCAAGCAGGUUGGCCUUCAGUGAGCAAUUCUGACCACGCUGUGCAGAGCAGAGUGAGGUGACCCAUGGCUGUGCAAAGAGACAGCCUGUUGUCCAUCAUGAAUGUUCAUCUGAGCCUCCUCAUGCUGGCUGUCUGUGUAUUUGGACAAGAGCUCCCAUCAAGCCCUCAUGGCUGCACUGAGGGAAGCUGUUACCCUGCAACAGGAAACCUCCUGAUUGGACGUGCUGUCAAUCUAACGGCCACCUCUACUUGCGGCCUUAAUGGACCAGAGCGAUAUUGUAUUGUCAGUCAUCUGCAGCAACCAGAGAAGUGUUUUGAGUGCAACUCCCAGCAUCCCUACGACCCGAACGUACACUCGAACAGCCACCGCAUUGAAAAUGUGAUCUACCUCACAGACAGCAACAGAGUCAACACCUGGUGGCAAUCUGUCCAUGGCCAGGAGAGUGUCAGCAUCAGACUGAACCUGGAGGCUGAAUUCCACUUUACACAUCUCAUCAUGAAGUUUAAGACUUUCCGACCUGCAGCUCUGGUCAUUGAGCGUUCAGCUGACUUUGGCCGAACAUGGCGUCCCUACCGCUACUAUGCCUCCAACUGUACCAGAACCUUCCCCAGCAUUCCUGCCAAUGGCUUGCACCAUAUCAAUGACAUCAUCUGUGAGGAACGCUACUCUGACAUCGAACCCUCCACUAAUGGAGAGGUUAUUUAUAAAGUGCUGGAUCCUGCCAUUCCAGUGAAAGACCCCUACAGCUUAGAUAUUCAAGAUCUUUUGCGCAUCACCAACCUGCGCAUUAACUUCACAAAGCUCAACACUCUGGGAGAUGACCUUCUGGACCGACGCCCUGAAGUCCUGCAGAAAUAUUACUACGCUAUCUAUGAGCUGGUAGUGCGAGGGAGCUGCUUCUGUUACGGACAUGCUUCAGAGUGCGCUCCUGUGCCGGGGGUCGACGCCAGGGAGAUCGGCAUGAUCCACGGUCGCUGUGUGUGCAAACACAACACAGAAGGCCUGAACUGCGAGCGCUGCCGAAACUUCCACCAUGACCUGCCGUGGAGACCAGCGGAGGCCGAGAACCCUCACACCUGCAGAGAGUGUAACUGUAAUGGCCACUCAGACCACUGCCACUUUGACAUGGCAGUGUAUAUGGCAACGGGUAAUGUUACUGGAGGAGUUUGUGAUGACUGUCUGCACAACACUAUGGGACGCAACUGUGAGACGUGUAAACCUUUCUACUACCAAGAUCCAAACAGAGAUGUUAGAGAUCCACGGGUUUGUAUCUCCUGUGACUGUGACCCAGUGGGGUCAUUGGAGGGAGGCGUGUGUGACACCCACACCAACUUUGAAAUGGGAAUGAUUGCGGGACAGUGUCGCUGCAAAGUCAACGUGAAGGGGACGCGCUGUGAUGACUGCAAGGAGGGUUAUUAUGGACUCAGCCAGAAUGACCCUUUGGGUUGCCAACCUUGCAACUGUGAUCCUCGUGGCAUCAUCGUGAUGGGAGCUCCUUGUGAUCAGAUCAGUGGGGACUGCUCCUGUAAAAGAUAUGUCACCGGCCGCUACUGCAACCAGUGUCUGCCGGAAUACUGGGGCCUUAGUAAUGACCUGGCAGGCUGCAGACCUUGUGACUGUGACUUUGGAGGAGCCUUCAACAACAGGUGCAUGAUGGAAAACGGCCAGUGUGACUGCAGGAGGCACCUAAUUGGCCGGCAAUGCUCUGAUGUGCAGCCCGGGUAUUUCUGUGCUCCGCUGGACUUCUACAAGUAUGAGGCCGAAGAUGCCACCGGACACUCUCCUGCUGACCCCGUACUGCCGGGCCAAGUUCGCCAACAAGCAACUAAUGACUGUGUUCAGCACCUCAGCAACCAGCUCAGGAGGCACCGGCGGCACCGUAACAUUGCCAAGUCGCAGCAACAUCAGGCAGCACUGAGACGUAUUCGGCAGCUUCAACAAACACCGGAUGUGAGGACCGUUCAUAGAGAGCACACUCUCAGCCAUAUGGUGACAUGGACAGGACCUGGUUUUUCCCGUGUUAAAGAUGGCGCUGGUCUGGUUUUCACCAUUGAUAACAUACCCUAUGCCAUGGAGUAUGACAUCAUGAUCCGCUAUGAACCUGAGUCUACAGAGAACUGGGAGGCUGUUGUUAGUAUUUCAUCUGUAGAAUUGCCCUCCAGUCUCCGGUGUGGAAACCUCCUACCUACUGAACAGCUCUACACUGUCACUUUGCCACACCACAACAGAUACAUCCAGAUGCCCAGACCAUUUUGUUUUGAGCCCAGCAAUCGUUACGUGGUUACAAUCAGGUUCCAGCGUCAUGGCGCCACACACAGACAUCUCACUGCCUUCAUUCUUAUUGACUCGCUGGUAUUGAUCCCUAAAUACAUGGAGCUUCCUGGGUUUCAAGGUAACACACCAGAGUCAGAGCAGCGUCAGGAGGAGAUGAUCCGCUACAUGUGUCUUGAUUCCUUUAUGAUCACUCCGAUGCCUGCACUGGCUGAGAUGUGCUCUAAACUCAUCUGCAGUAUUUCUUCCAUUAUUCACGACGGUGCCCUGCCCUGUGAGUGUGACCCUCAGGGCUCCCUCAGCGGUGAGUGUGACGUAGUGGGAGGUCAGUGCCGUUGUAAACCCAACGUGAUUGGCAGGCGCUGUGACCAGUGUGCCCCGGGGACCUACGGCUUCGGUGUGAGCGGCUGCACUGCCUGUGACUGCCACUCCGACGGCUCAUUGAGCCACCAGUGUGACCCAGUUACAGGCCAGUGUCAGUGCAGACAAGGAGCCACAGGGCGGCAGUGCUCUGACUGUCAGCCGGGCCAGUGGGGCUUCCCCAGCUGCACCCCCUGUCAGUGUAACGGCCAUGCAGACCUCUGCGAUCCCCGCACGGGAGAAUGCCGAGGCUGCAGGGACUUCACAGCAGGACAUCUCUGUGAGCGUUGCAUGGACACGUUCUUUGGAAACCCAGCACUUGGAUCAGGGCAGCACUGCCGGCCCUGCCCCUGCCCAAAUAACCCCAACUCCGAUAACUUCAAUGCGUUAUCUUGUCAGGUUGACCACAGCUCUGAUCAGAUCAUGUGUAACUGCAAACAGGGCUACAUGGGUCUUCGGUGUGACCAGUGUGCCCCUGGUUACUAUGGUAACCCUGAGCAACCUGGUGGACAGUGCUUUCCAUGUGAGUGCAACGGCAACAUAGACACCCAGGAUCCUGAGUCAUGUGAUCCCAGGACUGGCGAGUGCAUCAAGUGCCUGUACCACACUGACGGCCCGUCUUGCGCCCAGUGUCAAAUCGGUUACUAUGGCAACGCUUUGGCCCACGAUUGCAGACGCUGUACCUGUGUGACUGCUGGUACCCUACAGUCUGCUUGCAGCGAUGGACACUGUGACUGUGAUCGGCAGACUGGAGCCUGUCUCUGCAGGGAGCAUGUGGUAGGCCAUAACUGUGACCAGUGUGCACCUAACUACUGGAACUUCGGUCAGGAUCAGGGCUGUGAGGCGUGUAAUUGCAACUCGCAGCACGCUCUGGGAACUCACUGCAACAUGUUCACAGGCCAGUGUCACUGUCAUUCAGGCUUUGGAGGUAAACAAUGCACCGAGUGUGAGCUGUUCCACUGGGGAGAUCCACGGGAGCAGUGCCACGAAUGCAACUGUAACCCAGAGGGCACAGAGAUUGCCCAGUGUGACAGAUUAACGGGUGCGUGUGAAUGCCGGGAAGGAGCCGCGGGACUGCAGUGCAACCAGUGCGCUCGUGGUUUCACCGGCAUCUUCCCAAAAUGCAUCCAGUGUCACCCGUGCUUCCAGCUCUGGGAUGACGCCCUGUGCCAGAUUAGAAGGGACCUGGAUCACAUCCAGUCCAGAGUGCAGGAGAUCCUGAAGGGUGGCAUCACACCGGGAGCUGGGGACUCACGCAUCAAAGAACUGGAAGGGAAGCUGAAGCAGGUGAAGGAUCUGAUCAUUACGCAGGACAGGAACAGGGUCUACCAGCUCAUUGGCCAGAGCAUCGAUGACCUCAGGGCUGAGAUUGCCCUCACUGAUGGGCGUCUGAUGGCCAUGGGCCAAGAGCUGAAUACGACAGCAGAAACAGACAGGGCACUCCGACACACGCUGGAUAACAUGGAAAAAGAGCUGCGGGACCUCAACACCACUGUGACUGACAAACAGAAGCUGCUUGAACUGUUCGGCUCAGGGUUUGCAGAUCAGUUUGAGAAAGUGAAGCAGUACUAUCAGGAAUCGCUGCAGGCUGAGAUGAAAUGCAACGCUUCAGUGUUUGGUCCUAUGAGUCCUGUGGAAGAGUCAAAUAAGACCAGAGCGCGCACAGAAGACCUGCUGGAUAAAAUUGAAAACAGCAUUAACCGUGAUGUGGCUGCUCACAACAAGUCACUCAGCGACCUACAAAAACAAGCUCACGACCUCCAUAAACAGGUCAAUCAGCUGAGCGACCAGGUGUGUGGCGGUCACAGCAAUAACAGCGUCAAUGGCAGUUGCCCAGACAGUCGGUGUGGUGGCGCCGGCUGCCAUGACAAUCAGGGAAACCAUGUAUGUGGAGGAGUGGGAUGCAGCGGGACUGUGGGCACAUCUGUAGCUGCGCUGAAUGACGCCAGGAACGUUACAGACAGUCUGAACACUGCCAGUAAGGAGCUGCAGAAAGUCUCCAAAAAGCUCCAGGACAUAGCUGCUAUGACACAAAAACUGAAGAACCAGACGAUAAACACGCUGGAAAAAGCCAACAAGUUGAGCAAGGAGCUUAAAGAAAGCAAUAAGAACCUGACAGAGUUCAUUGAGAAAAUUAAAAACUUUCUCACUGAGGAGGGAGCCGACCCAGAGAGCAUAGAGAAAGUGGCUCAGGAGGUCCUGUCGAUCACACUGCCACUGAACAGGACAGUUCUGGACAAAAUGAUCGCGCAGAUAAAGGAAAGUCUUUCCAACAUCAGCAAUAUUGAGGGGAUUGUAAAUCAAACCACACUGCACACCACUAAAGUCAAGGAGCUUCUUGACGCAGCUAAAGAGGCCAAGAGGCGAGCAGAGGAAGUGAAAGACAUGACCAAUAUUACCAAGGAGGCGUUAAAAGCGUCUGGAAAGGCCAUAGAGAAAGCACAGGCUGCCCUGAAAGAAGCCCACAACAACCUGAACAGCACCAGAAACGCUACUGCUGAGGUGGAGGGAAAGCUGGUGAGCCUAGACGCCAAGCAGAUGGAUGUCAUGAUGCGUUUAAUGAACCUCUCCAAGGAGGUGGAAGCUCUGAAGAACAAGACGGAGCAGAACAGACAGAUGGCAAUCGAGGCUAAAGCACUGGCCGACAAUGCCACUGACCUAACAUCUUCACUGGAGCAGAGCCUCAACAACACAGAGAAACAGUAUCGUGAGCUGCAGAUGAAGAUCGAGUCUCUUGGUGGGGUGUCUGGAGGUCUGAAGGACAUCAACCAGAGGGUCAAAGAUCUCAAAGAGGAUGCAGAGAAAUGGCUCAAGAAUGCCACCAGUGGGAUAAGAGAACUGGACGAACUUGAGGAAAAGUUCAAAAACAAUGAGAGGCGGAUGGAGAAGCAGCGCAUGGAGUUGGACAAGCUGAAAGACAACGCAACUACUGUGCGGGACGAGAUCCGGCAUCGAGUGCAGAACUACAACACGUGUGUGCGAUGAUGCCUCCUGCGUGUCAUCAGCUGCUGUAGUAGAGGAGAGUUAGAACUGCUGUUGUGACUGGAAAACAGAAAAUUUGUCACCAAUGAAAAUAAAACGCUGCUCUGGAGGUUCCUCCAUUCUUUCACUGGUAUUUCAGUUUUUACACAUUACCUGCAAGUGUUAUGUCACAGAAAUGCCUUCAACUGUCCAUGUACUGUUUGAGUCCUCAAUAUCACUCCUGCCCUUGGUGGUGUUCAUGUAUUUAAGCUAUUACAAUAGGCAGAUAACCUGUGAAGAGCAUUUAUUUCACUCUAUAGCCAAUAAUAACGGAUAAUAAUGGAAUUGAUUUACUGUAUGCGGAAAGACUAUAUCAGAGUAUGUUAUCAGUUACCUAUACCAAAAGUGCUUUCAAGAUGUUGAGUGUUUGUGUUGUUUGACCACAUUAGUAUGGGGUGUACACACUGACAUUCCUAUUAAAAUUUUUGAAAGUA